AUGAGACACAGCAUAUCAUGGCCUCGCACUGCCUUGCGCAGCAGCGGCCAACUAUCACAGCGAUGCAGACCAUCACAGUCGGCGUGCAUCCCUCACACGCAGAAGCAGACGCAGAGGAGGUGUCUGAAUGCGGCUGCCGCUGCAGCCCAAGUCACACCGAGCUCCCAGCACCAACCACUCACCACCCGCCACCGUCUCAUCAAGGAUGCGAAGCCUUUCUCCGACUUCCUCACCGAUACCUUCCACCGCCAGCACGACUACCUCCGCAUAUCCGUCACAGAACGCUGUAAUCUUCGCUGCCUCUACUGCAUGCCCGAAGAAGGCGUGCCGCUCUCCCCGACAAAGGAACUCCUCACCACCCCGGAAAUCGUCCUGCUCUCCUCCGUCUUCGUCUCCCAAGGGGUCACCAAGAUCCGCCUGACGGGCGGCGAGCCCACGGUGCGCCGCGAUAUUGUCCCGCUCAUGCACCAGAUUGGCGCUCUCCGGCCCCACGGCCUCCGCGAGCUGUGCCUGACCACAAACGGCCUCUCCCUCCACCGCAAGCUCGACAGCAUGGUCGAGGCAGGGCUCACCGGUAUCAACCUAAGCCUCGACACCCUAGACCCGCACAUGUUCCAGAUCAUGACCCGGCGCAACGGCUUCGACGCCGUCAAGAAGAGCAUCGACCGCAUCUUUGCCCUCAACAAGGCAGGCGCGGGCAUCAAGUUCAAAAUCAACUGCGUCGUCAUGCGUGGCCGCAACGACGCCGAGAUCGGUCCCUUUGUCGAGAUGACGCGCGAUAAGGACGUCGAGGUCCGCUUCAUCGAGUACAUGCCCUUUGACGGCAACAAGUGGAACAAGGGCAAGAUGCUGGGCUACGCCGAGAUGCUCGACGUCAUCCGCGAGACGUACCCGACGCUUGCCAAGGUUGAGGACCACAAGAACGACACGAGCAAGACGUGGCACGUCCCUGGGUUCGCGGGCAGGAUCGGCUUCAUCACGAGCAUGACGCACAACUUCUGCGGGACGUGCAACCGGCUGCGCAUCACGAGCGACGGGAACCUCAAGGUGUGCUUGUUUGGCAACACCGAGGUCUCGUUGCGGGAUAUCCUGCGAAAGUCCAACGGCGGCGAGCCCAUUGACGAGGCGGCGCUCGAGGCGAUGAAGCAGAUUGAGAUGGACCGCCGGCAGGGGCUGGCGGACGCCGGGAAACCGCUGGGCGCGGCGCUCAACGAGGCGGAGCUCCUGGACGUCAUUGGUAUGGCUGUCAAGCGGAAGAAGGAGAAGCAUGCGGGUAUCGGGGAACUGGAGCACAUGAAGAACAGGCCGAUGAUCUUGAUAGGCUCAGCCCACAUGGUCUCCAUCGCCUCCAAAACCCCCACCGCCCGCAUCGCAAAAGCAGCCUGCACAAUAACCUUCUCCUCCCCGUCCCCCAUCAACCUCAUCCGCGCCUCCCAGAUGAAGAAAGGCGACGUCCUUGGCACGGCGCGGAUCGCAGGCAUCAUGGCCGCCAAGCGCACGCCCGACAUCAUCCCGCUGUGCCACCCGAUCCUGCUCUCCCACAUCGGCGUCGAGGUCGAGCCUGCCAGCGACUCGGAAGAUGAGACGGUGAUUUGCGUCGAGGCGACGGUCGAGUGUGAGGGGAAAACGGGAGUCGAGAUGGAGGCUUUGACGGCUGCCGGGGCGGCGGCGAUGACGGUGUAUGAUAUGUGUAAGGCUGUGGAUAAGGGGAUGGUUAUUGGGGGGUUAAGGGUCGUGUUGAAGGAUGGGGGGAAGAGUGGGCGGUGGGAGAUGCCUUAA